GGCUCCGGCUCCGGCUCCCGGGUAUUUAAAGGGGACGCGGCGGCGGCCCGGGGGGAUGGGGGGCAAGUGGAGGGGACGGCCCAGACGCAUAUCAUCCACGGCCCCUCCGGACUGGAGGGACUCGUGAUAGCCGAAGCCCAGAAAUCCGGGGGUGGAUAAGACACCGCAUCCCCUCCAAUUCCUGUAAGCACCCCUUGCUCCAUCCUGAGCCCAAAUACCUCAGCUAGCCCGUGUCCCCCUACUCUUCACACUCCAAACUCAGCCGGGACAGACCUCUGCCGCCGCCGCUCCCCACGUGAGUCCUGGACUCGCCGAGCCUGCUGGAAAAGCUCAGAGGUCCUGUCCCCCUUUUCCUAUUCGGUGACCACAAGAGGAUUCAAUCACUCAGGAGAAAGCUUCCAGAGGAGCUCUGGACCGACGGCUGGAGGCCAACAAUCCCUACAGGUGGUGCUCAGGGUGAUGUACUGACAAUGAGCGGGUGUUUUCCAGUUGCUGGCCUCCGAUGCCUGUCUCGGGUAUGUCGUGGCCUGGUGCGGGAGACUUCUACUUCCCCAAGUCCCACUGCUUCUCCUGCUGCCUGCUUGCUUCGGACUCGGGCAGAAACCCCAUCUGCUGACAAGUUCCUCCCAGGGAACUGGUCUUCGAUGUGCCAGCAUCUCUGGCCGUGGCCCGCUAACCUGCCUCUCCCGGGCCGGCUCCUGCCGCGCCCCCUCUCGCUUGCUCCCUCCUCCUCCUGCUCCUCUCUCCCCUGCUCCCAGGACGGCGGGAUGGCUGCGCAGGGCUCGCCGCGCUUCCUCCUGACCUUCGACUUUGAUGAGACUAUCGUGGACGAAAACAGCGACGACUCGAUCGUGCGCGUGGCGCCGGGCCAGCGGCUCCCGGAGAGCCUGCGUGCCACCUACCGCGAGGGCUUCUACAACGAGUACAUGCAGCGCGUCUUCCAGUACCUGGGCGACCAGGGCGUGCGGCCGCGAGACCUGCGCGCUGUCUACGAGUCCAUCCCGCUAUCGCCCGGCAUGGGCGAACUGCUGCAGUUUGUGGCCAAGCAGGGUUCCUGCUUUGAGGUUAUUCUCAUCUCAGACGCCAACACCUUUGGCGUGGAGAGCGCGCUGCGCGCCGCCGGCCACCAAGGCCUGUUCCGCCGCAUCUUCAGCAACCCUUCCGGGCCCGACGCUAGGGGGCUGCUGGCGCUGCGGCCCUUCCACUCACACAGCUGCGCACGCUGCCCCGCCAACAUGUGCAAGCACAAGGUGCUCAGCGACUACCUGCGCGAGCGGGCCCACGACGGCGUGCACUUCGAGCGCCUUUUCUACGUGGGCGACGGAGCCAACGACUUCUGUCCCAUGGGGCUGCUGGCCGGUGGCGAUGUGGCCUUCCCUCGCCGCGGCUACCCCAUGCACCGCCUUAUCCAGGAGGCACAGAAGGCUGACCCCAGCUCCUUCCGCGCCAGCGUGGUACCCUGGGAAAAUGCCACCGAAGUGCGCCUCCAUCUGCAACAGGUGCUGAAGACGUGCUGAGGACGCGGCCUGCAGGGGGCGCCCGGCGGGAAGGGGGCUGGGGACAGGGAAAGACAAACCUAGUUUUAUUAUUCCCUUUCCCUUUCGUUUUGGUGGGUCCCUCCGGGAAUUUCCGGAAUCCGGAGCUCGUCCAUUUGGGGGCUGGAGGAGAGAGUUCGGAGCUGUCCCCAUCUAUGCAGUUAACCCAGCUUGGCUGUCUCCCCCAGUUCCACUGCCAGCGAAUUCUGGUUUGGUCCCGCUAGGGUGGUGCGCAGACCCAAGCAGGCAGCAGUGUUUUCCAAAAACCUUGUCCCCUCCCAACUGGGGGGAAAAGGUUGCCUGGCAGAGUAGAGAAGGAACAUCUCCCACUGUGUUUCAUUAACUGUUGCCUUGGGCCACAUGACUUCCUUCCCCUAGACUUCUGUCAGGGGGACCCAGGUCCUGAAAUUCCUCUCCCCGUCCCUUCAGCCCCGGAAUCCCCGCGGAGAGAUGGUGCUCUCCACGGACGCCAGUCUCAGGCCUAGGUCUUGCUUUACCGUCUGUGACCCUACACUACACUCCUGCCUCCCCCCACGCACGCUGUCAGCGUUCCCACAGGAAGAAAUGCCAGAGGGAACAGUCGCCUCCUGGUGGUGGAAUGAGGUAGUACACUGUCCAGGGCUCGGGUCCGGCCAGCCAGGGACCUCAGAGAACGCGACGACGUCUCCUCCUCGCACCCCAGCCUCUUCUAUGCAGCAAGAAACCAGGGACUUAACCAAAGUCGCCCCGCCAACUGGACCCUCUGAACCCCUCCCCUCCCGUAUGGAACAGAAAGCCAUGAUGUUUUAAAGCAGAGCCACUGAAACCCAACCCCCUCCCCUUCCGGUGUUUCAGAGCUAUAAAGGAGGAAAAGGGGCA